AUGAAAAUAUUCAGAUCCGGAUCGCAUCAUUUUGUACCGGAGACAAACUUUCGUCUGAUCCAGAACAAGACUGACGAUGAUACUGUGAACGUCAUAUGUGCUGCGGACGGAGCGUUUCCUGCACCAAACCUCACGCUAGCCACACCUGAGAGGAGGCUGGAUGGAGUUUCUCAUGAAUUGAAACUGGUGAACGGCAGAUACUCUGCGGUUGCUUCGGUUACGUUGCUCGACGCUGACCUUCCUUCACCUGCGGAGUUUAUUUGCACUCUCCGAAUACCUUUAGCAAAUUACGCAGUAAGAAAAGAAGUAAUUUACUAUCCGGGGCCCAUUAGCACAACUCCUGAAAUGCCAACCGCGGCCGACAUGCAACUCGCUGCGGCUAUUGGCUCUGAAGGAACAAGCACGUGCACAGUUACAGCAUUGCUUUUGCUACAAGCUUUAGCUCAGGCAUUACUGGCAGUCAAAUGA